AAGAAAAUAGUCGCAGUUGGUGAAGGUAAUAGUGGAAAAACAUGUUUAAUUAAUCGUUUCCUUCAUAAUAGAUAUGACCCAAUAGACGGUCCAACAGUUGUUCAUCGAUAUUUUCAUAAAGAGGAGAUAGCUAAUAAAACGUACAAUUUUGAGAUUUGGGACACUGGUGGUCAAGAGGAUUAUGAGCGAUUAAGGGUGUUAUCCUAUGCUGAUGUAGACUUGUUCUUGAUGUGUUAUUCAAUUAAAAAUAUUAAUCUGAUUAUCGAUGUGUUCACUAUUUGGUUCCCUGAGAUUAAAUACCACAGUCCCAUUAGUAAUAUUGUGUUAGUUGCUUGCAAAACAGACCUUCGA